UCCGGGGCGGGCCGAGGCGGAGUCGAUCCGGAGUGGGAAGGGGGUUGACAGCAUCCGCGCUUCGCUGGUCGCUGGACAGCCGGGGGCUUCAGGGAGGCGGGAAAGAUGACCAAGAUGUCUCGCCCGCAGAUGGCUGCCAUGAUGCUGUUCUCCUUCCUGCUGACCCUGGGUCUGGGCUUGUGGCUGCCCGAGAUGCUGAAGACAUUUUUCAAGGUGUUUGGUUGCCCGGAGGAACUAGUGACCCAGAGCAUCUUCCUGGCGUAUCUGAUGUUUGUGCUGUGCGUGGCAAUGCCCGGUCUGCCCCGCGGCUCUGUGAAGGUUGAGGAUAAGGCCAUCUUAAUCACAGGAUGUGAUAAAGGAUUUGGUUUUGCUUUGGCAGAGCAUCUACAUGCCAAGGGGUUUUCUGUUUUUGCUGCCUGCCUCUUAAAGGAUAAAAACGGUGAAGGUGCUCGAAUGCUUGAGAAGAAGAAAUGUGAACGUCUAAAGGUUCUUCAAAUGAACAUUUGCUCAGAUGAGGAAGUGCUGCAGGCGGAGGAAUUUGUAAGGAGACAUUUGAGGGAUCCGGAGAAGGGACUUUGGGGCAUGGUGAACAAUGCUGGCAUUUCCACUUUUGGGGAGGUGGAAUUUACAAGUAUGGCACAUUACAAGGAAGUUGCAGAUGUCAACUUAUGGGGAACCAUCCGAGUAACUAAGGCCUUCCUUCCCCUUAUCCGGCGAGCGAAGGGCCGUGUUGUGAAUGUCACCAGCAUGUUUGGACGCAUUGGCAUCUCUGGCCAGUCUGCCUAUUGUAUUUCAAAUUAUGGAAUGGAGGCAUUCUCAGACUGUCUGCGUUAUGAACAGCAACGUUGGGGUGUUAGUGUCAGCAUAAUUGAGCCAGGGAACUGUAUAGCUGCUACAGACAUCCUUACUCGAGAUCGUAUUGAAAACAUAGCUCACAGACUGUGGAACGAAACGGAUGAAGUUGUUCAAGAAGAUUAUGGGAAAGGAUAUAUUGAUCGACAGACAAUGGCAAUGAAGUCUUUCUGUACCAGCAGUUCGAAAGACAUGUCUUCAGUUAUUAAUGCCAUCACUGAUGCACUAACUUCCAAAUAUCCAUACACUCGUUAUGAACCAAUGGAUGCUUACUGGUGGAUUAGAUUGCACAUGAUGACCUACUUACCUACGCCAGUUGCUGACUGGUUGUACAGAAAUUAACCAACCUGCCAGCUUGUUACCAGAAUGAUCUGCUUCUAACAUAUUACGCCAAUUUCCUCAUGCUUCCAGCUCUAUUACUUAGCGUCCAUUAACUAUUAUUCUGACCCAAGAUUACUCAGCAAAAUUGCAUUAACCUAGUUAUACUGUAGGUUUUAUAAGCACUUGAAUGAAAUAAUUUUUUACUUGAUGCAUUUUGCAGUAGAAAAUACUGCACUGAAUGAAUAUUGCAUCUUCACUUCUGACAUCUGGUUCCAAUUGAGGAGCAGCGCACAGCGUGCCAUCACACCCAUUUGAUUUGCAAUUUUUUGUUGUAUCAUCAUUGAUUCCUUUGAGACGUGUCUGCAAUUUGUGAAGUGAUUUUCCAAUAUAAUGAACCGAGAAAUGCUUUCUAUGCAUUUAAUACACUGUACCAGGUCUUUUUGAUAUUUGAGAAUUUAGCUUAAGGUUUCCCCAGAAUUCAUCCACUUUGUAAGUUAAGGAAUGAUGUUGCAUAAACUUAAGUUUAAUCCUGACCCACAGGGUUUGCCUGUGAAUAUAUAGCUUUCCCUCAGGUGGACCAGUUUCCUUGCACGUGCCAAAAAUGUGCAAGUUUGGUAGGUUCAUGGCUACUGUAAAUUGUCCUUAGUGCAAGUGGGUUUCAGGAGAAUUGGUGAGGUAAGGGUUGACAUGAAGAGUUAAUUGGGAUAAGUGAAGAAGUAAUGGGAGCAGUGUAGAAUUAGAACGGGUGGGUCCUUGAUGCUUGAUACAAAUGUUGUGGGCCAAAAGACAGCCUUUUAUGCUGUAUGAUUCUGAAAUUUGUCUUUCUUGUACUGUUUAUUGAAGGUAGCUAUCCCAGAAAGUUCAUGGAACUUUAGCAGGGGCCAGAACAUUCAUGAGAGAUGCUUUUUUUCUGACUUUAACUGUAUGGAAGUGAAUUUACCUGUUGUAGGUGAAACUGGUGUUUACAUGUACUGUAUUCCAGAGCCGACUAUUGUACAUAUUCAUGAUAUAAUCUAGGAUGUUGGACCUUCCACAAGAAGAGUACAUUUCCUUUCUCUUGAUCUCUUAUGAUCCUGCAAAGUAUCAGAAAAUAAAUUCACUAAGCUUUAAACCUAAUGCAGGUAAAGAGAGGUAUGUAUGGUGUAUUUCACCAUUCUGUCUCAAAUGGGUUGGCAGCAGUGAUGAUCACUGAUAAUCCUUACUCACUUGUGCAUACUGUUCACCAAAAGAGGCUUGAUUUGAUGACGCUGUACAUCAUGUAUGCAUCUUUAUUGGUGUCUCUUUGAAGACUGGUUGGUGCCAGUUGUUGAAUGGGACUUCUAAUUUUAAGUCAAGUAAUCCUACUUCUAGGAACUGAACAAACAUUGUUUACAGCUACAUAUUUAACCACUGGGCAACACAGCCAUUAUUUCCAUAGUCAUUCGUUAUCACAGGCAGGCAAUGAUGCAUUACAAUGUUUAAAUAAUAGAAUAUCUGAUUAAUAUAAUCUGCAGUUUCUACCAAUUUUCAUAUCUAUCUGGUUCUACAUCUGGAGCAGCUCCAUACUAUUUUGCCCUCUGGUAUUGAUAUCUUCAGUUCUUGCAUAAACUCCAGUUCAGUUUUAAGGUUUGAGCUUUUAAGAAUAAGGUCAAUAGGGACAGAGACAAGACAAUUCAUGGGAACUGAUGUGAAUCUUCUCUCAGGUGUAUUUUUGGAAAUGCCACUGGUCUUCACCUGCAAGAUGUGCUUGACAUAAUUGGUGAUGUAUCUGCAUUAUUAAUAGGUUCCAUCUCUACAGUUGAUUUAUGAUUUGUUAAAAUUGGCAUAAAGGAGAAGGAAAAUUACAUUUGAGGCUAUGUUAAAGAAAUAGAAACGCACUUUACUCAAGAGUCAGUUUUGAAGACUGAAUAGACUGCAGAAUCAGUGAUCUUUGGUUGUCUGCUACAGGUGGUGCAAAACUAUUCUGAGUAAGACCUCUACCUUUUUUGUUAAAAGAAGUCCAUUUUUUUAAUACAUUUUCUAUGUUGGAGAUUUUGCUGGUUGUGAAUCUGCUUUGAGAAAAAGGACAAAAUCCCCUCUAAUCAUUCACAUGAACCAGUCAGUGAACAGAGAAAUGAAUUGACUGAGGGAAAUCAUCUCUGCAUAAUUCAGAUUGCGAAACAAAGGUUAUCAUUAACUUGUUUUGAAUCUCUAACCUUGAGCAAGGUAAAUAUCUCUCUGCAGAUGGGACAUGACAUGCUUACUGACAUUAGAUCAAAGUGAAUGGUGAAGUUCAUUGAUACUGUGUGUCAAGAUUAUGUAGUUUACUCAAAAUAAAACAAU